GGUGGUCUCAACUGGGAAACGACCGAUGAUUCACUGCGCGAGUACUUUUCGCAAUUUGGUGAAGUAACCGAGUGCACUGUGAUGCGUGACGGCGCCACAGGCCGCUCUCGAGGUUUUGGUUUCCUCACGUUCAGAGAUCCCAAAUGUGUCAACGUCGUCAUGGUGAAAGAGCACUUUCUUGACGGCAAGAUUAUCGACCCCAAGCGCGCCAUUCCUCGAGAUGAGCAGGAGAAGACGAGUAAGAUCUUUGUUGGCGGUGUGAGCCAAGAGACGACCGAGGCGGAGUUUAAGGACUACUUUGCCCAGUUUGGCCGCGUCGUGGACGCCACGCUCAUGAUGGACAAGGACACUGGACGACCUCGCGGGUUUGGUUUUGUCACAUUCGAGAGCGAAGCCGGCGUGGAUGCCUGCCUCAAUACGCCCCUUGAGAUCCACGGAAAGGCCAUUGAGGUCAAGAAGGCCCAGCCAAGGGGGAAUAUGAGGGAGGAGGAGGAGGCUGCCCGACGUGCGGGCAAGUUCAAGAAGGGCGGCAUGGAUGACCCGAACUCUGCUCAGGCCCAGAUGGCGAAUCAAAUGGCGCAGGGUGGCAUGACACCUCAAGCCAUGGCCCAGUACAUGCAGCGGAUGCAGCAGUACAUGGCCAUGAUGCAGCAACAAAUGGCCAUGUCCAGAGGCAUGAACCCAAUGAUGCAGAUGAUGCAGAUGCAGCAGAUGCAACAGAUGCAGCAACAGAUGGCACAGGCUGGUCAGGGAGGCCCGAACCCCAUGGCAGCCAUGCAAGGAAUGAACCCCCAGAUGAUGCAACAGAUGCAGCAACAGAUGCAGGGCCAGAUGAUGGGUGGCGAGCAAGGUCAAGGAGGCGAAGGCGAUGGUAGCCAAGGCUUCAACAACAUGAAUCCAGGCGGCGGUGCCGCUGCCGGGCCUGCUGCCAACAACCAUCAGCAGCACAACAACUUCCACCAGAACCACGGAUAUGGCGGACAUCAGCGUGGAGGCGGCAAGCGUGGCGGCCGCGGCGGGUACUGGAACCAGAACCAGGGAUACAACAACAUGGCUGCAGGAGGCGCCGCCGGUGGUGACCCAACCUCGUGGGAGGGCAUGUACGACGACGUGCCGCAGCCAAACUUCAACCAGGGUGGUGGUGGCCGCGGCGGGUUCAACAACCGCAGCCGAGGCGGCGGCCAGUUCCAAAACGCGGGACCCGCAGACCCGGAGGCGGCACCCCCCAUCAACGCACCCACAGGUCCGAAAAAUGCUGGCCGGCCCGGUGCGAACUACCGUGGCGGCGGCCGGGGCGGCAACCGGGGAUUCCAUCCCUACGGCCGUUAGAAGCAGCCUAGGAGGAAGUUUUGAAGGCUCCAAGCGCAACAGUCCCUGCGAGCAUAAUGCUACUCCCAAGCUGCUCACAAACAACCUGUGCAAGACUUGGACGCCAUCCACUCCUGUCAGCAACAUCAAUCCUUCCUGCCACGACAUGACUGUGCGCAACAUCUUAAGCAUCUAGCUGUACUAUAAUCUGCCCUCACCAUAAACAGACCGACACGCGCACGGCGACGCGUCUCGCGUGAUAACUAUUUAAUCAGGUUCCGAAGAGAGCCUUUAUCUAAAUCGAAAUGCAAAAUGCGAGUCCUUUCAGGCUGAAUCUUGUCUUGCUUCUUUGAUGAUGUGACAGAACUCCUUCCGAUGCUGUUUAUGGUCCUCUCGCCCGUAA